CUUUGGUUUAUUGUUAUAUUUACAAGAGUUUACUGAUGCAGAAUUUAUGACGAAAAAGAUUGCGAAAAGAAUAUUUUCCGAGAAUUCGUGAUCAUUCGUCAUCGCGUGUUAUUUCAAUGCGUAUAAUCUUAAUGUUUAUAUAUAAUAUUCGAAAUGACAAGAUAAAUUUUGGAAACGUAUCGUAAUCAUAUCGUUUGAUUUCGCGCCAAUUAAAUGAUAAGAUAGACACGAUAUACUUUUAGCCACUAUUCUCGCGAAACGUGUAGCGAUAUUGUAUUUAAAAACGGGAAUUGUUUAACCAUUACUCAAGUUUCUCCGAAAGAGCAAGUAUCGCGCGCAUAUUUUUGAAACACGAUCGGAUUCUCAGACGACACGCGUGUCGAAAUCUAAUCUAAUAGCGGGCCACCCAGCGUGCGGGAAUGCACAACAUUUUUUCACGUCCUCAGGCAAAAAAGCAUCCUAAGAAAUAUAUAACAAAGAUGACUGGAUGCAUCGAACAAUAUAUGCUUCCUCCAAACCGUUUACGAUCAGCACCAUCUAUAACGUCCCAAUUUAUUGAUCUACAUGAUGAAACCGACAACAUUGAUUAUCGAUUUGAAUCCGCACGAUUAGAAAGCUUUAAGAAUUGGAAAUAUAUGAUGAAACCAGAAAAACUUGCGGCUGCUGGAUUUUAUUAUAUUGGCGAUAAGGACAGGGUAAAAUGCUUCGAAUGUCAUGUAGAGAUGUGCCAGUGGCAGCCACACGACAAUCCAAUGGGCGAUCAUCAGCGAUGGUCUGGAAGAUGUAGAUUCGUUCGUAAUUUCCCAUGUGGCAACGUGCCAAUCGGCGCAGAUCCUAAUACGAUUCCGGCAUCUGUACCUAAAGGAAUCGAUGUAUGUGGACCUUAUAAUACGAUCUAUAUGCCAUAUUCUGGUCCCGAUAAUGAAGAAUUUAGCACAGAAAACGCCAUGAAAUUUAACAUAGGAGGACUUACUGCCACAAGACCGAAGCAUCCUGAAUAUGCUAGUUAUGAUGCCAGAUUAUGUACAUUUGAAAGAUGGCCUAAAGCAAUGUCACAAACUAAAGAAGAAUUAGCAGCUGCUGGUUUUUUCUACACAGGAAAUGGUGACCAAACAUUAUGCUACCAUUGUGGAGGAGGAUUGAGAGAUUGGGAGCCAGAAGAUGAUCCUUGGGAACAACACGCUAAAUGGUUUGACUACUGUUCAUACUUGCUUAUUGUCAAAGGGAGGGAUUAUGUAAGCAAGUUUGUUGGAAGGACAUAUGCUAAAUCGGAUAUUGUGAAACCAUCUGCAAACAUUAAACAAGAUCAAACAUCCGAUAAAGCUUACGACGAGUGUACUGCUGGAAGUUCUCAAAACUCUACUAAUUCCGAAAAUGCUAACAAAGAGAAUACAGAGUCAAGUGAAGCCUGUGUCGAAGAACAAUCUACUGUCAAAGCACCUUGUGAUAAACCAGUCGAUAAGGAUGCAAGAAUGUGCAAAAUAUGCUACAGUAGAGAAUUACGAAUGGUAUUUAUGCCAUGUGGGCAUUUACUAGCCUGUGCAGAGUGCGCAAAGAACAUGAAAAUUUGUGGAGUAUGUCGUAAACCUGUAGAGGUUACCGUACAGGCAUACAUUCCAUAGUGUAUAUACCCUUAUUUAUAGUGAUAAAUAAUUAUAAUAGUGAUAAAUCCCUGCAAGCUUUACUAACAUUUUCUAUUCAUCAUCAUUGAAGACUGAUAAAUUAACACUUGAAAGCAAAAAUGACAUGACUCAUGUAGCAUACCGAUCUGCAGGUACAAACAAUGUUAAAAUUCUUGUUAGUGGAAUAAAUCUGUACACUCAUCUCGAUCUAAUAAAAAAAAUAUUUCGCACUGAUAUGAUGAUAUUUUGUAAUUGUUGUACAAGUAAUAAGUGUUUCUAUAUACGAAUAUAUAUGGAUAUAACUAAUAAGCAUAAAAGUUGUUAGUCAGUGUGGAAAACACAUGUGACAUAUCACAGAUUUUCAUAUAAUUAUUAAAUAGCUCAUGUACAGAUUACUUUAUUAUCAAAAAUGGAAGAUAGACUGUACCUGCAACGGGAUGUUGCUAUUUGAAUGUUUUUGAUUUCGUAUUAUGAAAAUUUACUGAAAAAUGAAGGCAAAGCUAUGCCAUUUUUAGUAUAAAGUUUGAGUAUAUAUUUUGAAUAUAAAUAGCAACAUAACAUGAAGUCUAGUCAUUAGUGUUAUGUAAUGAUGAAUAUGCACAUAGAUAUAAACCAAUUAUUAUUAUGUGUAAAACUGAUUAAUAUAAUAAAUCUAGGUCAUUAUUUUAUCUGUGGAAAAAUAUUCAGUUCAAACUCUUUAGAUCUUAAAGAAAGAUUUGGAGAGAGGGGGACUCUCUUGUACAAAAUUUCAAUGCUAAAAGAAAAACAUCAGAUAGAUGAUUAAUAAAUUGAAUUUAGUCAGCAUUUUUUCUUCAAUUUCUAUUCAUUGUAUAAUCUGUAGGACAUAUUUUGUUAUAAUUUCUACACACACACACACACACACACACACACACACACACACACAAUAUCAUAUAUAUAUAUAUAUAUAUAUA